AUGGCGGCUCAUGGUCAUUUCAUGGCCUCGGCCAAUCACACUAUGGCUCAUGCCCACUACGCACCGAUCAUCUCGGAUCCACCCCGGGCUUCGAUGCCACGCAUUCUGCGCUCGUGUAAAGAAAACCUGGAGAAGCCAGCCUCGCAUAUGGUAUUGGCCGAGGCAACGACGGGCGCGAUGCACAAGAUAAAAGAAAAGGUGUGGAAUGACCGCAUCAUGGAAUCAUCAUUUGCGCGUCCACGGCCAGGGUUGGACGGCCUCAAACCAGGAUUCGUAGAAGAUGAGACCGAUGUUGGUGGUUAUGUUUGA